AAAAUCAUACAGCCUUAAGUUUCUCCUGAACCACAAAUUAUAUUCUCAAAACUAUAUUUUUGCUCUUUGUUUCGAUUCGCUCAUCUCUUUGAAGGUCGAUGUGGACAUACACUAACUGAACGAAGUCGCGUCUGGGCAUUUCAUGCAGUUCUCUAAACUAGAGCAACUAACGUUAACUAAAUUUCAAGAGUAUUAAUCUAAACUUAUCACUUUCUUUCUGCAAAAAAACUUCGAAAUUUUAACAAUAUUUUGAGCAUCUUAUCUACUCUGGAUAUAACUGUCCCCAAUUACAAUUGUAAAAAAAAAAUAGUUUUGCCGUAAAUAAUUUGUGAGCUGGCGGCAAAUCAUAUUAGCAACAAACUAGCAUGGCUGACGGCAAUAAUCAGAAUUCAGACACAAAUCAACCCAAACCAGCGGGUAACCAAGAAACAACUGACGAAGUUGUUAAUAUGGCUGACGACAAUAAUCAGAAUCCAGAGAACAAUCAAAACCCAGAGAAUAAUCAAAAUCCCGCAACAAGUCAAACCCAACCAACAGAAAUACCAAAAGUAAUUGAGGAAAUUGUUGGAACGCAACCCAUGAAAGUGACACCAGCACCAUCAGAUGAGUGGAUUACCAUUGAAACAACAGAUAACAAAGACGAGCAACCACUAGCGCGUUCGAUCAAAACAGCGCUGCCUGAGAAGCCGCCUGAUCACGAAAUAAUCGAAGUAGAUGGUGAACGAUCAAGGCUGCCGACGCCAGUGCCUUCCAAGGAACGUAUUUCUCCAAUACAACUACUGUCUGCAGAAAAUAUGCUGCAGCCGGACGAUGUGGAAGCGCCGACAGCGACUCGAGCAGAUAGUGUAAACUCGAAGAGAUCUGUGAGUCUACCGUCAACCCAUAGUAAUGUGGAUAACCUGAUUGAGGAGGAUAUUAAUUUGACGCCAGCACAACAGGCGGUUUUGCGAAACUUCGAAACGAUGAUGAAGCGAUCCGAACAACAACAAGAGCAACCAGAAUUACAUAUUGAAGAUAUUAUACAAGUGAAACGUUCUUGGCUAAAACCAAUUGGACUCUGUUUUCUUUGGUUGAUCUUCACUUUACAAUUUAUUAUUUACAGAGAUUUACCGAGUAAUCCCAGAUUAGUUUCACUACAUCCGGGCGAAAGGAUAGUAAUUAACGUGCCCGAUGUAACGGACACGGCAAUAUCAAUGUCCAUUAAGGGACCCUUCCUCGAAGAUGGUGAAUUGAUAUAUGAGGGUAGGGAAAGCGAAGCGAAUUUCGUGUUUAUACAAGCGGUGCGUACAUUUUACGAUGAGAAUAUGACAGAGAUUAUAACGGUGAAUAUUGCUGAUUUGUGGAGCGAAUAUUUGGAUACAAGCAACGAAAUUGACAUAAUCAAACCCAGCGAACGUCUAGCCUUGCUAAGUUUAUGGAAAAAUAUCUCCAAGGAUAAUUAUACACGCAUGUUUUUAAAUGCCUACACCGAUAUCAAUGAAACUGUAACGAUAAAGUAUAAUUACGACUCGCUACCGGUGCCUACAGAGAAGGGUCUACUUUUUGCGCUACUCGUACUCGUACUCCUAUACGGGCUCUUCAUAUUCGAAAUAACCAAUCCGACAUUGUCAUCGUUAAUUUGUUCAACGUUCGCUUUGGCCAUACUCUCCAUAUUGAAUCCGAAGCCAAGCUUCGAUACCAUACUCGAAUGGAUCGAUAUGCCGAUGUUGGCAUUGCUCUUCAGCAUGAUGAUCAUUGUAGCGAUCAUAUCCGAUGCCGGCAUGUUCGAUUUUAUUGCCGUUUACGCCUUUCAAAUAUCGAAGGGUAGCGUUUAUCGUUUGAUCAUGAAUUUAUGCUUCUUCAUUAGUUUGGUGUCGGCAUUUCUCAAUAACAGCACAACAAUGCUACUCUCUUCGCCGAUUACGAUUAAGUUGUGUGAAGUCGCCGGCAUGAAUCCAGUUUCGGUGCUCAUCUAUUUGAUGAUAUGCGCUAAUGUUGGCGCCGCUUUUACACCACUCGGCAGUCCGCCUAAUAUUAUUAUCACAACCAAUGACUUUUUGCAAGAUCACGGCAUCACUUUCGGCAUAUUCGUGCUGAAUAUGGCACCCUGCACGUUUCUGGUGUUGCUGCAGACAUAUUUCCAAUUGCGUUUCUAUACGAAACAUUCCAAACUACUCGAUUAUCAUGAAUCGCAAACCAUACAACAAGAGUUAAUCAAUCGUGGCAUAAAGCGUUGGGAACGCGCCUCAUCAGCGAUCGGUAGUUUCUUAGCCGACGAUCGGAAGGUACGUAAUGUUAUUAUACGUGCAGUCGACAAAAUGCGCCCGGCUGGAAAGGGCAACUAUAAAAACCCCAAGCCUGAAACACACCAUUACGAGCACACACUGGCCGAGUUGAAGAAGCAUCACGGCGUUGUCGAUAGAGACUUGUUGAUUAAAUGCGCCACGGUCUUGAUAUUUAUAGUGUCGAUUUUCAUGUUGCGUUCAUUUGAGUUCUUCAAUGUUAUCGGUUUCUCUUGGACGGCGCUGCUCGGCGCCAUACUGUUGCUCAUCUUGGCCGACAUCAAUGAUUACGAGGGUCUUUUGUGUCGCAUCGAAUGGUCAACAUUAAUGUUUCUGUCGUCGUUUUUCGUUUUGAUCGAAGUACUGUCGCAUUUGGGCUUCGAAGAUCUGAUCGGUGAAAUAAUUAUCAAAGUAAUCGAGAGUACGCCACACGAUUAUCAGCUAUUGGUGACGCUAUUGCUGAUAUUAUGGGUUACCGCUUUUGCUUCGUGUUUUCUCAACAAUAAUCCGGUUACGCAGAUGAUGGUGCGCAUUGUCGUGUCCAUAGCACAGAUUAAACCCUUGGGUUUGCCGUUGGGUCCACUCGUCUGGGCGCUGGUGAUGGGUGCUGCUUUCGGCGGGAAUGGUUCGUUGAUUGGUGCUUCGGCAAAUAUCGUAACGGCUGGUGUAGCGAAUAAGCAUUUGUAUAAGCUGACAUUCCGUUCGUAUUUUUUGAUUGGUUUUUCGGUUAUGCUCGUUAAUAUUUGUAUUGCUUCGGUAUACUUAAUUUUAAUGUACGUAAUAAUUAAAUGGGAUGGCAUGACUUUUAAAUAAAUUUAAUUGUAAUUUAUGUGACAAAAUCUCGUCUCUGAAAAACUGCAUUCUUCCUCGGCACGUUAAUUACAAAAACGACUGAUUUCUAUACAAGCAAGAGCCUUAGAACCACAAGCAAGAUGAAAGAAAUACUUACAAGAGUCUAAUAUUUCAGACAGCGAACGCCGCUAUUUGGCAAGUGGCGACCAUAAUAGCUUCAAGUUUCUUCUGUUACCAAUAUAGAUUUAAGGUAGUAGUUUUUGCAUAAUAUAGCAAAUGGAAGGAGUGAAAAAGUGUGGAAUAAAAAGAGCGAAAAAAGUGCAAGAAGGAAGCAACAGAAAACAAAU